AGGUCAGUGCAGUUCUGCGCGGUGGGCUUACUAUACUCAGGCACCCCUUCACACAGAGGGGUUUUCAGCAUUUCUUCUUUUUUCCUUCUGUAAAACAGUCCCAGAUGCGCCACUUGGAGCGAGCAAGAGCGCGUCAGUGUAGAAGUUCGGGGAGAGACGUUUAGGAGGAAGGACGAGAAGACCAGCGCGGAUUGUGCCAUUAAAAAAAAAUAAAUAAUAAUUUUUCAAAAAAAAAAAUACUUUUUUGUAAGUAUGAACGCAGAUACGUGCGUCUCAUACUGCGACAUGACCUCGUUGGAUUCGUAUUACAAUGCGUCCGCCUCUCAAGGCAGAGAGCACCAGGCGAAUCCGUUUAGGACUUUCGGCCCCAGCGAAGCCAAAUUCAGUCCCACGUUCGCGGCGAGUAAAGCGCCAGGAUACGGGGAGAAGUCUAGGAGUCCUUUUCACACUGAGUGCCCGUCGCUACAGGACGGCGCAGAGGGAGAGGGCCCCUUCCACAAGUACCAGCUCUUCAUGCACAGGCCCACCUGCAAGACCCCCCCUGAGGGCGGCAAGUUGCACUCGGACGGGGGCCACAAUGGCAUCCUCUACGGAAAGGACAGCGACCUGACAGAGUCUGAGUUACCUUCCAGUGUCGACCCCCCUGGGAUGGAAAGCAGCUACUUAAAUCUAAAGGACGCGGGAGUGAAGGGGUCAGCCGAGCAUCCGGGCUCAGAUCUUUCAAGCCCUUUGGAUAAAAAUGAGGCAGAGAGCAACAAAGGCAAGAAGAGGCGCAAUCGAACUACGUUUACCAGCUACCAGCUGGAGGAGUUGGAAAAGGUUUUUCAGAAGACGCACUACCCAGAUGUAUAUGCCCGCGAGCAGCUGGCACUCAGAACAGACCUGACGGAAGCUCGUGUUCAGGUGUGGUUCCAAAACCGCAGAGCCAAGUGGAGAAAGAGGGAACGCUUUGGCCAAAUGCAACAGGUUCGAACGCAUUUCUCGACGGCUUACGAGCUUCCGCUUCUAACUCGGCCUGAGAGCUACGCACAGAUUCAAAACCCUUCAUGGAUCAGCGGCAGCAGCGGUGCCUCUCCGGUACCAGGUUGCAUUGUGCCUUGUGAUAGUGUCCCCCCUUGUAUGCCCCCUCAUCCUCAUAGUCAUGGAGGGGUCCCCGACUUCCUCGGUGUGCCCAGCCCAGGAAGCAGUCACAUGGGACAGACGCAGAUGGGCGGUCUGUUUGGAGGAGCUGGAAUGGUUGGAGGGAUAAACGGCUAUGACCUCAACGUAGAUCCGGACCGCAAGUCUUCCAGCAUAGCAGCACUGCGGAUGAAGGCCAAGGAGCACAGCGCCACCAUUUCUUGGGCUACAUGACGUCCCCGACCAAGUCCUACACUGUCAGGCUGCUUGGCUUGGGCGGCCGGUAUUGAGCACUGUGGUGAGGGGUUUUAUUGUGAGCGCUUAUGCUAACACAGGUCAAAUAUACAAGGAGCGGCUGUACAGAUGGAAGACACUGCUGCGGACGACACAAUGGAGAUAAGCGAGAAUGCCAUCAUAAGCAGCGAUACACGUCCAAUCCAUUUCAAAAUUAUUUGGACAGUUAUCGCUGUCAAAUGAAGCAUGUUCAUUCACUGCCAUCUCAGUAAAAAAUGACUUGCAGAAUACGACACAUGGUGCAGGUGUAGUAGUGGCCAGUUGGAGAAUUCUGUGAGUAGUUAACAUGAUGAAAAUAGUCCUGGAGUGCAGAGAGUGGAGAACGUGAAGAGUAUGGAUUGUAGUAGUAUUUCUGCUGUGUUUCGGGCUGAAAAUAAAAAAAACAAUUAAUGAAAUAUGUGACUGAAUGAAAGAACCGAAUUCUACUUGUAGUUGUUAGAUGUCAAAAAACUGGAUGCGGCUGAAUAACUUGUAGGUGGGGUCUCAUUGACUUUUGAAUCAGUGACGUCGUAAUUGUCUAUUUGGGGCCACCUUCCUGUGCUUUUGACUGCAGCUUUUUCCAUGACAGUACUACUGAAAUGUCAUUUUGAGCAAAUGUGAACAAAAUGUAUUUUAUUUUCCUGUUGCUUGUACAAGAAUUUUAAAUAACACUGGGGAACCCAAUUAUGUUGAGUUAGAUAGGACAGCUGGUUGAAUGCUGAGCUCAGUUUUUUCUCUUACACGUCAAUUUUUAGAACUAUAGGAUCCUCGUUUUCUUAAAUGAUAUGAACAAUAGUAUACUGGAGAUGCACCAGAGAUUUGGAGGCCUAAAGUUUUCGGCCAAAAUGUGACUAAAAAUAUAAACCAUGACAACCCUACAAAAUCCAGUGGCUUUAGAAAGUCCUGGCGGAUCUCAUUCACCCUGAGCUGAGCUUUUUAACCACUCAGGGACUUCAACCCCAGAGAUAGAAGGACCCGCUUCAGGCUCUGCUUCCUCAUAGGAAGGCGUGUCGGUGGAGUUGAGGAGGUCUUCAAAGUAUUUGGCCCACAGACUAACGACAUCCCAGGUCGACGUCAGCAGUGCUCCAUCCACACUACAAACAGUGUUGGUGGUGCACUGCUUUCCCCUCCUGAGACGCCGGAUGGAGGAACAAAAUUUCUUUAAAGCCACCCAGAAGCCAUUCUCCAUAGCCCACCCCGGACUCCUACCAUGCCAAGGUUUUUGCCUCGGUAACCGCCAGAGGCUCGUGCCGCUUGGCCAGCCGGUACCCAUCAGCUGCCUCUAGAGUGCCGCAGGCCAAAAAGGUGUGAUAGGACUCCUUCUUCAGCUUGACGGCAUCCCUCUCCGCUGGUGUCUACCAGCCUUUUCUGGAGUUGCCGCCACGACGGGCAUUGACCCCCGAAGGCUGCAGUUUUGGUCAGCCGCCUAGGCAAUAGAGGCGCGGAACAAUGUCCACUCGGACUCAAUGUCCACCGUCUCUUUGUGGACAUAGAAGAAGCUUUGCGAGAGAUAGGAGUUGAAAUUCUUUUGGACACGGGACUCCACUAGGCAUUCCCCGCAAACUCUCACAAAACCUUUGAGUCUGCUGGACCGGACCGGCAUCUUCCUCCACUGUCAGAGCCAACUCACCACCAGGUAGUGAUUGGUUGACAGCUCCACCCCUCUCUUCACUUGAGUAUCAAAGAAAUUGCGGUCGCAAGUCCGGUGAUACGACUACAAAAUCAAACAUUGAACUGCGGUGUAGGGUGUUCUGGUGCAAAGUGCACAUAUGAGGCGCUUUCGGACCGCGGGAACCUGAGUUCUUAGUUCCUGUAACUAUCCUCCAGUAAUAGGGACUAUCCAACAUCAGGCAGUCAUUUUCAGACAUGGGUCCUGUGCCUGAUAUGAACUGCUGUGACGUUUGUGUCUGCGCUAGUGACGUAUUAUUUACUUGUCACACUCACUUUGAAAACUAAGCUGAACGUAAAACAAUGAAAUAAAUGAACGUCGAGGACAGGGCGGUAAUUCUUGCAUGUUCAAAGGGAGUAGUUUUCAGUGGCGAGUCAAUCCAGCAUCUAACGACGAGACUGGAGCAGCACACAGAUUUAGUACAGGUAAGUGUUUUUAGAUAUGGCGGCUUCUCGAGACGCGCGAGUAUGAAAGGAGCGUAGCUCCUGAUUUCAGUAAUUCACCAAACACUAACGUAAUCGAGUUCCUAAGGCCCCACUGAAAGUCCCUACCUUAGACAAUGAAACUAAAACCUGAGUUCUUGGUCCCUACUUCCUACAAGUGUGAAAACGCUAAUGGACACCCUUAUGCCUGAACAUGGUGUUCAUUAUUGAGAGAGCACCGCUUGGGUUCUGAUCGGGGGGGUGGGGUUCUUGCCAAUAAUGCCCAUCCCGUCAUUGCCCACGUGAGCAGUGAAGUCCCCCAGCAGAAUGAGGGAGUCCCAAGAGAAGGCACUCUCCAGGACCACCUCCAAGGACUCAGAAAUGGGUGUGUACUCUGAGCUGCUGUUUGGUGCAUAAGCACAAACAACGGUUAGGACCCGUCCCCCCACCUGAAGGCAGACAGAGGCUACCCUCUCGUCUAUCGGGUUGAACCCAAAUGUACAGGCAGCAAGUAGGUGUAUAAUAACAAUAAGUAUGCCCACACCUUCUCGUCACCUCCCACUGUGGGCAACUCCAGAGUGGAAGAGUGACCAACCACCCAGGAGUGGUACCAGAUGUCGAGCUGUGCGUAAAGGUGAGCCGGACCGCAUCGAGUCGGAACUUCUCAACCUCACGCAGUCGCGCUGGCUCCUUUCCAACCAGAGAAGUGACAUUCACGUCUCAACAGCCAACUUCUGCAGCUGGGGAUCGGACCGCCAAUCACCCCUCCUUUGGCUGCCACCCAACUGCCUACGCACCUGACCUCCUUAGUGAGCCCAUGGCAAGGUGUGGUUAUCUUUCCAUUAAUAUAAAAAGGAUAAAUUUAAAACAAUAUAUAUUUUAAACAGUUGUUAGACUUUUCGGUCGCAUCUGUUUUCUCAUUUGGUUUUUGGUUUCAAACAAGAAUUUUCAUUUCGGUGCAUCCCUACUUAACAUGUGUACUUUUUUAUUUUUAUUUUUUGAACAAAAAAGAAACAAUGACAUUAAGGAAACGGGCAUGACUGCAAUGUUUAUUUAACACUAUUACUGCAUGUUAAUGACAGCAUUCAGUAACUGUGUUGAUAACACAGUAUUAACAACAUUGUAAGUGGGUAAACUGAGGAGAAAGAACUUGAUGUGCAAGGGGAAAAAAAUGAUUGCAAUUUUGGAUUAGCAUCCCGAUGUAGUUGUAAUCAGCAUAAAAAUCCAACUCAACUGAAUGUUUUUCUCACAAAUUGUUACCCAGUGUAAUGGAGGUCAAACAGCCUAAACCAUUAAAUUGUUAAAUGAUGUUGUCAAAAAUACAUCGUGUUCAAAAUUAUUUCUAAACAAAAUAGUACUUUGGGCUUUAAAUUGCUUUCUAAUUUACUAAUGGCUUUAAGAUGCUUUUUGUAUAACAACCAAAUAUUAUUACUUAUGGUAGUGACCUUAUAUAAUGUGUCAUUGCAUUAAAUUAUUGCACUUCCAAUUUGGAGAAUUGUGUGUUUAUACGUCCACUGGGACAGAAGCUGAAAAAUGUUGCUGAGUUUAAGCCCUCCAAAUUAGCACCUUGACAACUGCUCAAGGUGCUGUUUG